CAUUUCAAUACGUCUGUCAAAAGGAGAUAUCCAAUAAAAUUGGAGCUUUUUAAAAUUUAACAGGAAGUAGUCUCGUUAUAACAGACGACGGGUGAUAAAUAAUUUCAAUUUUAUUAAAUACUAUGGCGCAGAAUAUUAAUCCACACUAUGCAUCAUCAUCAAAUCACCCCAAACAAAAUGAGGACACGAUAAAAUUAAAAGACAAUCACGCCGUAAGCAAACGAUUGCAAAAAGAGCUCAUGGAACUGAUGAGGUGCGCAGACAAAGGCAUAUCAGCGUUUCCAGAAAGUGAAAACUUGUUCAAAUGGAUAGGAACGAUUAACGGCCCCUUAGACACGGUAUACGCGGGUCACAAGUACAAACUGUCUCUCGAAUUCCCCAAUUCAUAUCCGUACGCUCCGCCUUUAGUGAAAUUUAUCACACCGUGUUUUCACCCAAACGUGGACACCUGUGGCUUAAUUUGUUUAGACAUUCUGAAGGACAAAUGGACAGCAUUGUAUGACGUACGCACAGUGUUACUGUCCAUUCAGAGCUUGCUGGCCGAACCCAACACGCAGAGCCCCCUCAACCAGCAAGCGUCGUGCCUUUGGCCCAAUCAACCAGCGUUUAAAAAGUAUCUAGAUGAAUUUUACAGUAAACAUAAGGACUUACAGUUUGUUGAAAUUUAAUAAUGAUUUUUACGAGUGGAAUGUGUGCUUGUGAUGGAGGGUUAAAAUUUAUUUUCAUAUUGACUUUGGAGUGUUAGGCGAAUAAACUGUUGAUGAUUAAAAUGAUUUUCUAAUUUAUUGUAAUUACUUGAUGCCUUCUGUCUCCGGAUUGUAACAAGUGUAACUUUAUGUAUAUUGAGAUCACUGGCAAUUAUAAUUCUCUAGUGCAAUUCAA